AAAGCUUCUGACGGCCAUAACCGAAAAGAAGAAGGUGAUGAAUUAUAAAGUUAUAAAAUCAUCACGUCCCUGGAUAUUUCCAGAGUCCAGCCAAUCAGCAUUAUUUGGUCCUGUAAUUCUAAACUCACACUAGGGAACAAGGCAACGAAUUCCUUUCUGGCUCGGUGUUAUCUCCAUUAUAUCAUGUUUAUUUCAUUCCAGUUUUGGUUAGACUUUAAUAAGUGGCAUAAAAUUGAACGUUUUGUUCGACUGGAGUUCCCUGUUUUCUACCUUAAACUGCAAUCUUUGUCAUUACCUUUAGCUGUAGCACUAAUCUGUGAGUAAUCAUUUCAGGUACGCUUUACUGGUUGAAGAACAAGAUAACGCCAAACAAAACCUCGAGGAAUUAGAAAAUCGUUUAAAAGUAACAAAAGAAAUGAAUAAUAUUAUCUGUGGUGAAAGUGAACGAAAUUUCAAUGAAUGCUCUAAUUAUUCGAUUGGGGAAAAUAACCGUGAUUAUAGAUUGGGGCUUGCUUGUGUACCAAAACCCGGUAAGACUGAAUUUGGUCAUUUUUAAGGGGCUUUAUCUUAUGUUAACUGAUGUUCCUUUUUCAAAGAUUGAUUAUUAGCCAUCAUUCAAAUAGAUUGUAUCAAAAACACAAUAUAGAAACUACGCUAUUUAUACACGUUUAAUAUUAUAUUUUACAUCUGAACAAGAAUUAUUUUUCCAGGAGAUUGCACCUUCGUCCAAAAAGGGGUUUUUAUGAAAAACCUUUGUUACCGAGAUAGAGAAAUCGCACUUUACAAAUGUCCUGACAUGUCCACAUAUUAUACUUACGUCUUCUUCUUUGAUGAAACUUCUCGAAUUAACACAGGUAGCACAGCAACGAAAACAUGCCCCAAUGACCCUCGCGGAUACCAGACAUGUUUUGGUAGGUUGGUUGUUAAGGUUUCAAGCAACAUCACCAUACCUUUCUGCAGUAGAUACUUCAAGAAGAUUUCCAUGUCAGGAAAUAGGUUUGAAUACAAGCUUAAGCAGAUAAGGUAUACAGAUAUUAAGUAUACUCAUGACCCUGGCCCUGGUAGUUUAAGUAAAUGUGAUAGAAUUUGUAAUUAUGAUAAUUGUCGCGUUGACGCAUCCUGUAAUGGUUUCUAUUAUGGCAUUUACUGUGGUGGCAUUUUAAGUGAUAAUACAUAUGUAAGCCCGGUACAAAUAUGUGACGGCAAACCUGAUUGUGAAAAUGAGGAGGACGAAGCUGGGUGUUCAGAGUACGAUAUUGAACUAGUAGAAAAACAUAUUCUAAGGGAUGUGGUUCAAGAUAAUGACGUGAUUGUUUUUGAGACGAAAGAGUGCUUUUCGAGGAAUCGUUAUUAUUAUUUCAUAAAACUAUACAACUAUACCAGAUGUUCAUCACAUUACUACAGACCAAAAUGUCAAUUGUACCUUGACCAGACUAAUUGCUCGGAUCCUAUGAGAGGAGUGGUCCCCUGCCUCAUCGGGGGCAGCCCAUCUACGGUGUCAAAGUUUGCCACUUGCAUACAGACGCCGGGUCUAUGUGAUGAUGGAUUUGACAAUCUCUGUGUGAAAACUACUCUUUUGUGUCAUGUUCACAAGCACCAACUAUGCGAUGGAAUAUUGGAUUGUUCUGAUGAAAGUGACGAAACAUCCAGAAUCUGUACAUCAAUGACUGUAUCUACGUGUUACCGCAGAUAUCGACACAAGACAAAACUCCCAAUACCUAUCAGCUGGCUGGGAGACGGAUUUGAAGAUUGUGAAAAGGGGGACGACGAAAAAGACAUUUGGCCAAGAUGUGGAGUCGGUGAAUGGUCUCAUUUUGUAAUCGACAACAGUAAAUGUGAAGAUGUCUUCAAGUGCAGCGUCAGGUCAUCGGAUUUUGUACAAUUCCACGAUCUGUGUCAAGGUCUCAACAUCUGUGAUCAUGAAAGAAUAUGCAGUAAAACCAGAAAACAUGAGCAUAUUUAUGAAAAACCGAUUGCCAUCGGAAGAGAAAAACCAUUAGAAUUUCUUGUGCAUUGUUUACCGGGAGUCAUUAAAAGUCUAGGCCACUACAUAUCACCAUGUGUCAAAUAUGACUUCACACCAUUGCAGAUUUUUGGAUCAAUUGAACCAACAGCAUCAUUAAUGUUACCCAAAAUAGCUAGAGACUGUAGAAACGUAUUCGGAAAAGUAUACAUUUAUUUCAGCUGUUCCAACAAAUGCACUGACCAACCUACAUGUCCUUUAAAACCACUUAACUUUGAUUCUUGUGAAGUUGAAAAUCAAUUUAAAGACAGGAUAUACACAAUGAAUAUGAAGAACAAGAAUCAACUUACCUUUUUGAUUAAAAACGAAAGAAGUGGAGAAUACGAACAAAGAAACUUCCGAUGUAAGAAUGAUCGAUGCAUCAGCUUCGAAAAAGUUUGCAACUUGCUUGACGACUGUAAUGAUGGCUCAGACGAAGAAAAUUGCUCAAACAACUACGCUUGUGACACUCCAAAGCAGUACAUAAGACACAAUCAAAAAUGUGAUCGGACAAAUAGAUUGUGACGACUACACUGACGAAUGCAAUAAACAGUGUGGUAUGACCAUCAUACCUAACAACUCAAUGGAGGUGUUCAGUUGGGUCAUUGGUUGUGCAGCAGUUAUCUUAAAUUCCAUAAAGAUUUUUAAGAGUCUCAGGCUACUGGCCACUAAAACAUUUACCUCUGCUCAGAACAAUAAGGCAUUGACAUGUGUUAUUCAUGUCGGUGAUCUGAUUACAGGAUCUUACCUUCUCACAAUUGCAAUCGUAAACUCGUAUGUAUAUGGGACUUCAUUCUGCAAAAAAAGGGCUAAGUGGUUGUCAAGCGAUGAGUGUGCAUUCUUAGGAGUCUUCAGUACAUUUGGAAGUCAAAUAUCACUCUUUUCUAUGACCUGCCUCAGUAUUUUCCGUGCUCUUGGCGUGAUCAAAGUUCAAAAGAUUACAUCUAAAAAUGCGGCCGCCAAAAUGGCAAUCCUCAUUCUGAUUAUGGGAGUAGCAUCAUUUUUCUGGGCGUACAUUCCUUUAAUGGCGAUUAGCGAGGACUUCUUUGUUAACGGUAUGACUUAUAAUCCAAAAAUCAGAGCAUUUUCUGCGUUUGUUAACAAAAAAAGACACGUUGACAUUUUAAAAUCAUAUUUUGGAAGGAUUUCUACCUCAGCAGUCUCAACUUGGGCCAAGAUCAAUGAUUUGAUUGGCGAUAUGUUUUCCAAACAGUAUGACGGGAUAGGACGAAGAAAGAUUCACUUCUAUGGUAACGAUGGUGUUUGUCUUUUCAAAUAUUUUGUUUCGAAAGAUGACCCUCAAAAAACUUAUGUUUGGACAAGUCUUUUGCUCAACUUGCUAUGCUUUUCAAUUAUGUUAAUCUGUUACAUCAAAGUCCUGUUUUCUUCAAAACACUCUAGAAAACGCAGGAACAGAAACGAGGAACAAAACAGACGGGCCAGAGAUAAAAUAGAGACAGAGAGAUACAUUGCCAUAAUAAUCGUGACAGAUUUUCUAUGUUGGAUCCCGUUCAUCUUGGUGUGUAUGCUUCAUUAUUUUGAAUUUAUGGACGCAACAGCCCUGUAUCCAAUAUCGUCUAUUGUGAUUCUCCCAAUAAACUCUGUGAUAAAUCCUAUCCUAUACAAUAACUACAUUACCCGCAUAGUCAAAACAAUUGUAAUGAAAGGAAGAUAUUGGCUCUCUCUUAUCUACAUGACGUUCUGGUUAAGAAUAUCACAUUCAGCUACUGAAAAAACCAGAACGAAAAGCAAGAAGCAGGAAGAGGUUAGAGUCGAUCAUCAACCGAUUGAAACACCUGGACAUGAUGCGGGACUGAAAGACACCGGAAAUUUUAAGUCAUUACAAGGGAAUAUUGCAUAGUUCCUGAUGAAUCGGUUGACGAAAUAACUCUACAAGUUUCUAUUUUGAAAAUAUAGGCAAUGAUUAAAAACAACUCAAUUCCUUUUGUAGUUGAGAAUUUGGAGGCACGUGAUCUGACAACAUCUGACAAAAUCGCUGUGCCUGAUGAGAAAGUAACUGAACUAUAACUUAUUACAUCAUGUUUUGAAAAAAGGGUAGCUCUGCAUAGCGGACCAAUCUUAUUAUCGGUAGCAAAUUUUUAAACAUUUUUCUGUGCAGAAGUGCCCAGUGUCAUCAUCUUAUAUAUUUUGAAUUUUAAGAAAGUGGUUAAAAUAUUAAACUUGCAAAUGGUGUUCGUAAAAAAUUUGCUUUAACUCUUUGAUAUUGUAUAAUAUAGUAUGCUUAUCUUUAAAACAUUGGAUGUCAUAUCAACUUAUAGAGGCAAUCCAGCUUCUGAUAACAAUUCGUCGUACCUGUGUACAGUGUAUUGUGUACACCGAGACAAAUUUAAUUUGUUAACCCUUUACUUCUAAUGGUAGGCAUAUGAACUGAAAAUCUGCAAAGGUUGAAACAAGUCCGAUGUUUGGACAGCUAGUGAUCGGGCCUCCUGGAUCAGGAAAAAGUACCUACUGUCGAGCUAUUGCCCAUCAUUUGAUAAACUCGAUCAAACGUGACAUCAUCAUUGUGAACUUAGAUCCUGCCAACGACAGACCUCCCUAUCAAGCUGAUGUUGAUGUUCAGAAUCUUAUAGAAGUCGAUGAGGUCAUGGAGCGGCUUUCACUGGGACCAAACGGAGCUAUCAUCUUCUGCAUGGAGUAUAUUGAGAACAAUAUGGACAAGUUAAAGGAAAUGGUGACGUCACAAAAAGCCUAUGUAAUAUUCGAUUGUCCCGGCCAGGUGGAGCUGUACACUCACCAUACUGCCUUCAGAAAUAUUGUUGAUGCUAUCUCCAAAUGGGGAAUGCAGUUGUGUGUAGUCAGCAUGGUUGACAGUCACUACUGCACUGACCCCUCAAAGUUUAUAUCAGUGCUGUUAACUAGUCUAUCUAGCAUGAUGCAUCUGGAGCUACCACACAUCAACGUGCUCUCCAAAAUAGACCUCAUUGACAAGAUGGGACCGUUAGCAUUCAAACUGAACUUCUACACUGAAGUACUGGACUUGUCGUACUUAUUGGACGAGCUGGAUGAGAGGGUGUGUAGUAGGAGGUUUAUUAAACUGAACAAGGCGCUUACUGGGCUGGUGGAGGAUUACAACCUUGUCUCUUUUUACCCUCUCAAUGUUCAGGAUAUAGGAAGUUUACACAGAUUGUGUAAAGCAGUUGAUAAAGCAAACGGCUACGUGUACGGUGAACUUGAAGAGAGGACUGUUGUAGGAUUGUCUCAAAGUGAGAGUGGUGUAGAUCUGGAGUAUGAGUAUGACAAAUCAAUGCAGUACGAUAAUAGAUGACAGAAGAGUUAACUGCGUAUUAUUCACUUAUUGUUCUUAAGUUAUAUAAGGAAUAAGGAUGGUGCAUAUCGGAUUGCAGUUCAGUGCUGGGAUUUUCUUUAUUAAUUUUUAAUUUCUGUUAUAAGCAGCGUUGCUAAUGAAGGGACAAGAUUAAUGAAAAUUUUGUAUGAUGCACAUAAAAAGAUAAGGGGCAUGGCAAUAUCUUAUACCCACAACCAUCUCCUCUGAUAAAUUUAAGUUACUUAUCAUUAUUUCAAUUCAAUGGAUUUUCCCAUAUCAGAUAUCCGUGUAAAUUAUUACGUUCAUGACGUCACGCAGUCCAUCAUAUGACUCUGCUUGCAUUUGCAUUUGUUAGUGCUUUAAUCCAUGUUGUUCAGUCUUUAACGUAUCACAAUUGCCGUGCAAAACUAAUAUCCGAGUAUUUUACAUUUUCAAUAUUCUCCCGAGAUCCAUUUCUAAAACUGAAAGACUAUUGAGCAGUGUGAUCAACUCUGACUAAGUGUGAAGGAAUGUAAUUUCGGCUGGUAACCUGAUGCCAUACUCACUGAAUGAGCAGCAUGCGAGUGUUGUGUCUUUAUAACAAUGACAACAAGUUAUUAACUUGGAGACUACUGAUUUACGGAGAUUGGUUUGGAGUUAGUAUCGUGCUUCUCAAAGCUGGGGUUUCUUGUUUCUGAUGGCUUUACUGUGGUGCAUACUACUUGAUGUUAUUUUAUACGUGUAACGUGUAUAAUUUAUUUUAAUUAUUUUACUCCACUCCAAAAGCCUAAGAAACCACUUGGUCCAGCAGCAAACAUCAGACCUCUCACCCUCUCAAACUGCUCCAGAAAAUUACUGUCAAUGAUUACCCUAAAACGUAUCCAAGGCAAGCUAGAUCAGUACACCGGUCCUACACAAAGUGCUUACAAGAGAGGUAGAAGUUGUGGCGAUAUAAUUUGGUCUCAACGUAUGCUAACCUCAGUGGUACUUAGAAAGCAUUGGAGCUACCACAGAAUGAGUAUAGACAUGUCAAGUGCCUUUGACACCAUCAGCAGAGAAACAGUACUCAAUGUUCUUGAAGAUGCUGGCUGUACUAGAGAUGAAAUUAGGAUGGUACGGCUCCUACUAUCAAACACAGUGUUGAAAGUAAAAGUCAAUAAUACUGUAUCAAUUGAGUUCCAAAGCACAACUGGAGCAUUUCAAGGAGAUGCACUAUCAGGUAAUCUAUUUACUGUUGUUGAAGCCGCUGCACUUAUUCACCUCAGAUCUAUACUCUCCCAAGUAUCAUCAACACCUUACCCAGUGAAUCAUCCAAUCCCUAAUCCUCCUAUCUCAGAAGAAUUCAUGCCACUCGAAACAGGAUACUCUGAUGAUAUUGACUUUAAUAACACUGAACUUGCUCCACUCAAAGAAAUGCUUCCUAUCGCUAAAGAUAUAUUCCAGCAGUGGGACCUUCAUAUCAAUUCUUCCAAGACUGAAUUUGUCCAUUUUUAUUUAGCAGAUCCUAAACCCACUGUUAAACGCAAGGUGAUUGUUGGAAAAGUGUAUAGAGGUGAUGAAGAGUGGCGCUCUAACAAAACUUUAGGAUCGUUGAUGUGCACUGUUAAGGAUAUCAAGAAUCGAAUAUUCCUUGGUAAUGUUGCCUUUAGUAAAUUUCAGAAAGUUUGGAUGAAGAGCAAGAUUUCAGUCCAAAGGAAGAUCAAAAUCUACGAGGCACAAGUAGUCUCUAUUCUACUCUACAACUGCAACUCCUGGGCUGCACCACUAGCUUCGUUGAAUGAACUUGAUAUUGCUCAUCGCAAACACCUCCGAAGAAUCCUCAACAUCAGAUGGCCUACUGGGGUUAUUUCUAAUGAGGCACUCUAUGCUCGUUGUUAUGUCACUCCCUUGUCUGUGAGAGUCUCUAAGUUUCGAUGGAGAAUGUUAGGACAUAUCUUAAGAGGACAGGAAGACUCACCAGCAUACACCUCUAUGUUAUUUGCUAUAUAUUCUGAUAUUUUUAUGGAAGGGAGACGGGGUAGACCAUGUUUAAACUUAUUAGAUGUUAUUAGAAAAGACUUGACCAGUAGAAAUCUUGAUAUUACUAUUAGACUUAAGAAUUUGACUGAUUUCGAAGACCUUAGAUUUUUAGCUUUAGAUAGGGAGGAGUGGAAGAAGUUAGAAGAUGGUUGAUGUUUUUGUUUUCUUUUUUAUGCGUUUUGAUAUCUAUAAGGUGCCUAGGAUGCUCUUUUAAAGAGAUAUUUCGUACUUUGAAAGAUUUACUACUACUAUUUUAAUAAUACCCAUUACUAUAUUUUGAUGAUUUCAUACUUUUAAACCUUUCUAAAACUGGUACAGUGAAACCCCGAUUUACAGCGGAGUUUGAGUGAAAGGAAUCAGCAGCGGUAAAUCAGAGUUUGUGGUAAA